AAGGAGUGAUGUGUUGGCUGCUCUUUGUGCUGUAGACAUUCCCAAAGAGUUAGCUCAGGACUUUCAUAGUGUACAAUCCUUUCCACGGAAAUUUGAAACCCGUCAAAACGUUUGCAUUUCUUCAAGAUGAACUGUCUUAGUCUAACUUCACUGAUUUGUCUUAGUAUUUUUUUGUUCAAUGUAGGAGAGGCUGUCACAAGUAGCUUCCAGCCUUGUUCAUCUAAGGGCACAAGAAAUGUUGGAGCUGUGGAGGAGCCACUCAAGGCAGAAGAAAAAAAUAAAUCUGCAGAUAUUUCAAAACAAAAAGAACAAUGCCUUAUACCAUGUGAUGUUCAAGCUAAAAUUUUACGAGGGGAAAAACAUGACAUGUGCAGAAAUUUGCAGAACUCUCUGGCUGAAUACACAAGAAGUACAAAAAAACUGGUAAGAAACAUGAUGGAUGAUCAACAGUCUUCUUUGGAUUACCUUUCUAAUCAGGUAAAUGAACUCAUGAACAGGAUUCUUCUUUUGAACACAGAAGUUUUAAGAAAGCAUUUAGAUCCACUUCCUUACAAAGCAGUUCAGUCUCAUGGGCUGGAUUGCACUCAUAUUAAAGACACCGUUGGUUCAGUUUCAAAAACUCCAACUGGUCUGUACAUUAUCCAUCCAGAAGGAUCAAAUUAUCCUUUUGAGGUUUUGUGUGACAUGGAUUUUCAGGGAGGUGGAUGGACUGUGAUUCAGAAAAGAACUGAUGGAAUCAUUCCAUUCCAGAGAACAUGGUCUGAAUAUCUGGAUGGAUUUGGUAUCCUUUCUGGGGAGUUUUGGCUUGGACUGAGGAAGAUUUUUCACAUAGUAAAUCAAAAAGCCACUAGUUUCAGUCUUUAUGUGGAUUUGGAAUCAGAAAAAGACAAGCAUGCCUAUGCAUCAUAUGAUGGAUUUUGGAUAGAGGAUGAAACAUGUUCUUUUAAGAUUCAUUUGGGGCGUUAUUCAGGAAAUGCUGGUGAUGCAUUUAGAGGAUAUAGAAAAGAAGACAAUCAGAAUUCAAUGCCUUUCAGCACCUUUGAUGUCGAUAACGAUGGAUGCAGGCCAAUGUGCACUAUUAAAGAACAGCCUGUAAAGAGCUGCAGUAACUUCAGUGAUAACACUGGAUGGUGGUUCAGCCGGUGCGGCCUUGCGAAUCUUAAUGGUGUUCAUCGCUACACAGGUAGAUUUCUUGCAACUGGGAUUCACUGGGAUACAUGGACAAUGAACAACAAACCAGUCCGAAUUAAAUCAGUUUCAAUGAAAGUUCGGAGAACCUAUAAGCCAUAUUUCCAUUAAUCUAUGAAAGCAGAAAUAUAUCUCUACUUGCAGUUAUGUGGGAUAAUGUAUUGCUGCAUCAUAAAUACCUUUCAUUUCCACUUGAACAGUUUGGUCUUAAAACUUUAUUAGAUAUUUCCAUAAUACAGUUACUCAUUUUUAUUAUGAAAUGUCAGCAUUUGUAGUGUUCCCAAUUGAGUAAGAAGGUCCUAAGAAGAAUAUAUUUUUCAGAAAAUGGAUGUAACUUAACUGUUUGUCAGCUUUUGCUCAGCUGCCUCUUAUGCAAUCUCAGAGACAGUGGAAAAAAUUCAAAAAGGAAUGUAAUGCUGACUUUUGAAUGUGUUUUUUCUGUCUCUCUGCAUAUCUGAAUUGCCAAGAAAUUACAGGAAUUUUUCUUUUAAGAAGUCAUAUACCUCCCAUUUCCAUCAUUAUAUUACAGGAAAAUACCUUUUAUUCACCUUAGGUUAAUUUUCCAGAAUCAGCUCUUCUUUGUAUAUUCCUUAUCAGGCAAGAUAACACUGACUUAUUUCAACACAUACUUAAGGUUCU